AUGCAGCAAUACCAUUGCAACACCACGCAGAGAUCUUGGAAGAAGGUAAGCGGUUUAAAUAAAGCAACGCCGAUGGAGUGUUGCAAUGCCCUCGUGGAGAUUAUCCCGAGCAGGUGUAAAGCAAAGAGCAUCCGCCGGAGGUCACUGUUCAUUAAACUGAAUGGGGAACAAAACAAAUGAGCCCCAAUCCGUCCCAUUCCGUUGACAUAUUAGAGUGAUAGGGGCAUUCAAAUUGCACGACCCCCCUCCCCCCCCCCAAAAAAAAAUCUCCUGGAGUAUCUCAACAGUUGUCAGUGAUGAGAAAAAUCCCUGUCCUCAGACUUGCAACCAAAAAUGAAAUGACACAAAAGGUAAAAGAGGCAGAGGGAGGAAGCAAGUUCGGAAAUGUACGUAGUAAUAAUAUUUUCAUACCAAAAUGUCACAGAAGACAUUACAGACUGCAUAAAGCUGUCUGAGUCUCCCAUUGAAACCAAAGGGAAAAUGAAAACUAAGGGGGGGGGGAAUGAAAACAAAGAGAACAUUUAAUGAAUGCAAUUGGAACAAAUGGAAAUGAAAUCAAUUAAACUUCUGAAUGAAUCAACGAAGCAUUUCUCACCCCACACUACUCCUACAAACAGACCUUUCGAAAACCUUAUUAAACUGAAAGCUAACUAUGCUUGAUACUAGCUUCUGUUGCUUUUUUGUUUUUUUCUAAACAGGGAUCUAUUUUGGAGAAGUUGGGAAUCUGUACAAAACCGACAUUCCUUAAAUGGAGUUCCUCUGCAAUGCCAGCAGGGAGCGAGCCCAGACUCUACACUAUUGACACAAAAUUUGACAAUGUGACUGUGAGGAUUUAUCAGCCAAAGGGCCUAUCCACAGGACAGAGAGGAAUUAUCUACCUGUAUGGAGGAGCUGGCUUAUUCGGGAGCAUAAGUGAGUCAUUCUAAUUUAACUUACAACCAGUGUGAUCUGUGUGGGGCUUGAUCUGGAAACUGCAUCUCGUGCACAGUGCUGGGACCAGGUUGUUUAGUAGAACAACUGGACAAGCAGAUAUUACACCUGUGUUGAAGCCACUGCACUGGCUGCUGAUCAACUACCGGCGCAUGUUCAAGGUCUUGUGGUUAGGACCAGGACAACUCAGGAGCAGGUUACCUGAAAGGCCACUUAUCCAUUACUUAGGUCGUGUAUGGAAAUUCUAAUCAGGGCACCGCAUCCUACGGAAUAUCCAGGGCCGGCCCUAGAUAUUUUGCCACCUGAGGCAAAGCAGAACAUGGCACACACACCCAACGCCCUGGCGCCUGUGGCAACUGGAGGUGACCUGGGGAAGCCCCAGCCCACUGAAGGCAGUGGAGGAGAAAAAAGGAGGCUGGAUAGGAACAAUGGCAGCAGCAGUAUCCCUGCUCUUUCCAGGUGGUGCAUGGGUGACAAGUGUUGGAGGCAGUAAGCAGUGAGCAGCACACUCCUGGGGGACUUCCCAGCUCUCCCCAGCCUGCUGCCUGAGGAGACUGCCUCACCCAAGCCUAAUGGGCUGGCUGGCUCUGAGAAUAUCAUGGGGCAGUGUCCCUCAAAACAGGCAUUUUCUGUUUGUUGUUCUCCCUGUACUGUGAAAUCCCCUUCCCUCUUCCACACAGGAAGCAGCUAUCACCAGUUGCUACAGGCAUCUUGUGAAGUCUUUUCCUUUUGCCCUGGCUUUCCCUAGCCCAUGACUUUGACCCUGUAAUUACAGUUGCCAUGUGUCCUCUUUUUCCAGGACAUGUCCUCUUUUUCAUGGGUAGCGAUCCAUAUCGAUUCAUAGUUAAAGGCAGAAGUUGGCAAAAGUGUCCUCUUUUUUGCUCUUCAAAAUAUGGCAACCCAUAUGUUUCUAACCUUUUAUAUGUUUUUAUGUUGCUACUCUACUGGUUUUAGGCUGUAUUUUAACGUUUUGAUGUUUUUCGUUUCCUUUUUGGACUGUACACUGCUCAGGGAUUUUUGGAAUAUUAAGUGGUUUAUAAAUGCUUUCUAAUAAUUAUAGAUAGAUAGAUAGAUAGAUAGAUAGAUAGAUAGAUAGAUAGAUAUAGAUAUAUAUACAUAUUUUAAAGGAAUUGGUGUGAAGAAAGAAGCUGUGAUGGUAAUGAAGGUAUCAUAUGUAGCUUUCAGCCAUAUUUGCAGUCAUCACUAUAAUUUAAAUAAAGAGGUCAUUUAGGCCGGAGAGAGAUAAAGUAACCCUGAGAAGAAGAGUUCAAUGUAUAUGGGGAAAAACUAUUCCACAUUUGGUAUCUGCUAAGUGUGUGCAUUUCAGAAAGGGAUAAACAGAUAAGAUGAUUUCACACACAUGGUAUCCUUUUUUCUAUGUAGCUCAAGGUAUAAUUAAUAAAGCACCUCUGAUUAAAUCCAAUUCUUAUCUCCUUACUUCCAGUCUCUUAGCACAAUUGAUGGAUACCAAACUGGUACUAUGGUGACCAGAUUUCUAGCUAGUGAGAAAGGCUAGAAGCAAGUAUUGCCAAAUCGGUACCCUCCAGCCUUUGUGAAUUACAACUCCUACUGGACCAUUAGGAUAGCUGGGGCUGAUGGAAGUUGUAGUUCAAUGACAUCCAAUGUAGUCCAAUCUUUUCUGUGAACUGCCCUGAGACCUCUGGCUAUAGGGUUGGUAUAUAAACUCAAAUAAUAAUAAUAAUAAUAAUAAUAAUAAUAAUAAUCUGAAGGGCAACCCCUGGCUCAGAGAGUCAGAAGCCAGAUUUAUCGGUUUGUCGUAUAGUAGGAAGAAAGAAGAGGAACAUGCAGGAAAUGCCUAGGGGAGGGAAAUAAUCUUUGACAACGAGGGUAUUAGUUUGACUUUGGGGCCUUGGGAUCUGGAUGGGUGGAAGGCUGGGUAAAUAGGAAAGAUGGGGAUUCUCCUCUGGCUCGGAUACAAACAGAGCCACAAAGAAGACUUGGGGUUGCGUCGUACUCGUCUCACAUCCACAUUAAUGUAGAAAUGUGCAUGCCAUUGUGUAAAGUAUUAAUACACUGAAGGUCUUUUUACUAUCCAGAAGCUUAUCGGAUGCUGUGCCGCUACCUUUCCAGAGAAAGUGAAUCAGUGCUUGUGUGUGUUGGGUAAGUCUACGUAUUCCUGCAUUCAUCCUGGAUAUCCUGAACAGCUGAUAAGUGUGGAAGCAGGUGACACCCCCCCCCAAAUUACUCCCAAAAGCAGUGGGGGAAUUUGCCACUACAUGGUACAGGGUUAGCCAAUGCAGUGUCCUCCACGUGUUGUUAAAUGCCAAGUCCCAUCAACCCCAGACAGCAUGAUUUAUGGUCUGGGCUUAUAAGAGUUGUCGUAUAAGUUGUUGUGCGCGUGGGGCUGCAAGCAAGGGAGGGACUCCCAUACAUUGAUGGUGGCAGUGUGACAAGCUUACUGGGUUUGGGCAAAUUACUUUUGAUGUCGUUUCUCAUCUUGGUCUAUCCCUGAACGCAAACCCUGCUCCAGCCCUUCUGCCACUAGAUCCUGAUCUAGAUGCUCCCAUUAUACAUAGACCACUGCCCAUUUCCCAAUGGAAAGGUCUCAAAGGUCCAUCUAUGAUGGGAUGGCAAGGAGAAGUCUGAGGUUUGGCUCUCUUCAAGCAUCUUACAUAGCACAGAAGGGUGCUGAGAGGCCAAACUAAACAGGACCCUUUUGACAAGGUAUAGAUCAGCUGUGUGAACAGAUGUCAGUGGCAGACCACCAGGCACACAUACUGAGUUAUGAAGAGGCUGUGCCACAUAUAGAUGAAGCCUUUGCAAUGCUUCAGUGAUUCAGUUCCGUGGCAGUGCCCAUGCUCAAGCUUCCUUCUUAUAUGUGACUGGUGAACUCAUGUAACACGGGUAUUGUUGGAGUUGAUCAAUGUCAUCUUAUUAUAAGACCAAUUAAUAUUCUAGAAAAUAAAAAUAAAGAAAACAGAACCAGCCAUUUGCCUCCUUGUCUCAAACUGUUUGCAGGCUUUGAGAUCUCCAAGAGUCAACACAAUAUUGAAAAAGAUACCCUAUAUAUAAAGUGCUUUGACAAUAUCACCAGAUUUAUUAAUCAGCAAUACAAAGUAAAUUGAUGUUUCUGGUUUUUCUUCUUCUGUACCUGUUCCUGAAAGAGUAAGAGACAAUUACAGUCUAGGUUUUGUACCCUGUUACACCUAAUCUAUUUCUACGGCAACUCACUGCUACAGUUAAAUGGUGGAAACAUGUAUCUGACAUAUUGAAUAUUUUAUGAAAGAAUCCCAUGCUCUAAGGCAGACAUCAUGUCUGCUGUGUAAUUGCCCAGGGUGUAAAAAUCAUUUGCUCAGGAUGGUAAAUUUUAAUAAAGUGAGCCUCUUUUGGUUUAUGACUUGUGUACCACAGCAGUGCUAGAACCACAGCAGUGUUUACUGAAAUUUAAAAUUAAAUUACAUUGUGAAGUUGUUGACCUUUUGGAAGUUCAUUAAGGCUUCCCAUAAACAUCUGGUUGGCUACUGUGAAAACUGGGUGCUGGACUAGAAUGUCCCAUAGCCUGAGCCAUCAGUGCAGACAUUACUCUAUGCAUUUUUCUACAUGUCACUUGGAUGGAGAACAGUCCUACCAAAGUUGGAGAAGGGCAGAUUUCAAACAAUGGCUAUGUUUCAUUUCACAUAUUGUUUUAGAAAGUGUGAACUAGACUGGUUUGUCUUUAACUAAGAAUAGGAUUGACUUUUUCCCCUGCCCCUUCUCUCCAUCAUCUUCUAGGCAACGUUUGGCUCCUAAGCACCGCUGUCCUGCACAAAUCAUGGACUGCAUCACCGCCACUGAAUACUUUUUGAAAAAUGCAAGUGAUUAUGGGGUAGACCCUAAUCGUAUUGUCAUUGCUGGUGACAGCACUGGGGCUGGAAUGGUUCCCCUUGUCUGUCAACAUCUGUUAACGAGAAAGGAUCUCUCAAAGGUCAGAGCCCAGAUCCUGCUCUACCCAAAUAUUCAAACACUGGACUACAACUUGCCAUCUUAUCAGCAAAACCGAAAUGUCCCCAUCCUGUUCACAAAAUGGACUGCUGAAUUUGACCUCAGGUUUAUGAAUGUGAAGCUAGCAUAUUUGGAUCAAGUCCUGAAGGGGGGCCAUGUUUCCGAAGAAAUGAAGAUGAAAUACAAGAAAUGGAUCCAUGCAGAUCAUAUCCCGGAUGAGUUUAAAGUCAGGGGCUACAAACCACCCCCGCCAGUCCCAUUUUCAAAGGAGUUGCACGAAAUGAUGAAGCUUUCUUUCGAUCCCAAGCACUGUGCUCUUCUAGUGGAAGAUGACGUUGUGCGUCAGCUCCCCGAGACGUUUAUGUUAACCUGUGAGUAUGAUGUGCUUAGGGAUGAUGGACUGCUAUACAAAAAACGGUUGGAGGACAACGGUGUGCCCGUAACUUGGCACCAUGCAAAGGAUGGAUUCCAUGGGAUUGUAAGUUCAAUUGAUUGGUUCUUUGAAUGGCCAUGUGCAAGGGUGGCAGCAGAGCAUUUAACACGCUUCAUAAAACAAUUCUGAUCAAAAAUCUGUUCUCUUUCCCGCAUAAAGACCGUUCAUUUUACUGCAUGCAGUGCACUUGAAGAAAAUGUUAUGAAAAUGAUGUACAGAUUGUAUUUAACACCAGCUAAACUGGCUAAAAUGUACAAGACAAGAACUAACGAGUGCUGGAAAUGUAAGGGAGGGGAAGGUAUCUUUUACCACAAGUGGUGGAGGUAAAGGCUUUCUGGGAAAUGACAUAUAACGAGUUAAAGAAAAUUUUUAAAAAUACUUUUUGUUAAAAAAAACCCAGAAGCCUUUUUUACUGGGUGUAGUGGGUGAAGAGAUACUAAGGGAAGAUAAAAGACUGUUUAUGUAUGCAACAACCGCGGCAAGAAAUCUUUUAGCCCAAAAAAUGGAAACAGCAAGAAGUACCAACGAAAAGGAGUGGCAGAUGAGGCUGAUGGACUUCGCAGAACUGGCGAAGCUGACAGGAAAAAUCCAAAACCAGCACGAUCAAGUAUUCCAAAAGCAUUGGAGUAAAUUUAUACGAUAUUUGAAAGAUUAUUGUAAGCAAUUAACAUCACUAGCAGGGUUGUCCAAUGACCUGUAGUGAGAAAUUUUCUACCUUUCUAUUUUUAUUUAAAUUUUGAGACAUUCUGUAAUAAGUCUAAUUAGAAUUAGAAUUGAAAAAACUUAUAAAUAGCAGUGAUAUAAAGGUUAAUUUCGAAAUCCAUGAGGUGGAAGGGAAAGAAAUUGACAGGCUCUAAAGAGCCAGGGCGAUAUAGUGGAUAAUGACGAUGUGAAUGUAUAACAUUAAAUGGAAUAAUAAUAAUAAUAAUAAUAAUAAUAAUAAUAUACCUCUCAUCCAACUUUAGGGUGCCUCGUUUAGGGCUGUAGAAUGCGCAUAAUUCUGAAAAGGAUCCCUUAUUUGUGAUUGCUUGUGCGUUGGAACCGGUCUGCCGAUAUAGUAUGUUACAUUUGGCCUAAUCUCAGAGAGUUAUAUAUAAAAUGUUUGUCCUAAGCAGAGUUGUUGGCAUCUGUCUUGAAAGACAAAGGAGUGCACCUCCGGUGAUGAAGUCAAACCAAAGUGAUCUCUCUGGGGCGCAAGCCUGGGCGAUGCAUGUGGAGGUCCUGGACCGCCGACGACAAGACCUCCCUCUCAGCCUCACUGAUGUGGUCCAAAGGAAAGCAGAGCAAUACGUUUGUCACCAGCUUGGCUGCAGGGGUUGCUGGAAAGAGGCGUAGAAUGAGCCAUCUAACCUAGGGUUACCAGAUGUCCCCGGUUUCCGGGGACAGUCUCAAGAUUUGCAAAUCUGUCCCCGGACAAAUUCCGUCCCUGGAAUGUCCCCAGAUUUGCAAAUCUGUCUCCUGGAAACGUGGCAGCGGCAGCCUCAGCUCUGGCUGGCUUCAGGAGCUGCCCGCUGCCGUGGCACCCACCAUUUUUCCUUGCCGGAACUUCCAGCCUGGAGCCAGACUGGUAGCGCAGUUGGUUCUGGCAGGCUUCAGGAGCUGCCCACUGCUGUGGUGCCCACCAUUUUUCCUUGCUGGAACUUCCAGCGAGGAAAAAUGGCAGGCACCACGGCAGCGAGCAGCGACCAGGCUGGCUCCGGGCUGUUGACUGCCGCUGCUGCCGUCACUGCCAAAGGGGAACCGGGGACGUCCGGCAGUACAGAUCUUCUGUCCCCUCCCCCCUUUGUUUUGACUGAUAGGGGAAGGCUCGGGAUUUGCAGGCAGGCAGCCGUUGCCCAGUUUUUAAAAAACCCUCUGCGCAUUUAUGUUUCACAGGGUGUGAAAGAAGGGCUUUGCACCUUUAUACAAUAUGCAUGUGUUCUUGGGCCCAGGGUCUUUUGCCUCACCAUCCCCACUACUGACUUCCUGUUGCUACUCAGCUUCAAAAAAAAUAAAAAGUGUCCCUGGAUUCAUUGAAAAAAAUCUGGUAACCAUAAUCUAACCAUUUUAUGGAUGCCACUCAGGAUUUGUGUAGCAUUUACGGUACUCCUUAGCCUGUAUUUGGGAACUUGGGGACAGUACUGAGCCAAACUUUUGUUCAUUGGCAGCUGGGGUUUAUGGGGAAACUUUAAGACCCCUAGGAAUUAUAUGAGAACUUAGUCUCAUACGAGUAACAGCUUCCUGCCUAGAAAUUUACAGCCACCUUGUCACCUGAGGCUGGUAUCAUAAAGCUCAAGCAUGCCCUACCUGCAGUCCAUCUCUUUAAUGUAACAUUUGGCACCAGGACUUGUCACAGGGAUGUUUCAGGCUAAAGUUCAAAAUGAGUCUAGCCUCUUGUGCUCUUGAAAGGGUUAGGGCCAUUGAGAGCUGUGUCUCAGGGAAAUGUAUAAAACAUUCUUUAACUUGGUGGGGUUUUUUGUCCACUCAGUUCUCCUACAAAUCUGCUUCUGCUGGGUUUUUCAGGCAGUGAUGGACCAAGCCAAUCUCACUUCAGGAGUGGGUUGAGGUUUAUGAGAAAAGUGUAUCAUAAUAGCUAGUAAAAUCUUCCUUAUUUUAUUGUGUUCUGGUGCUGUGAUUAAAAUGUUCCUGAACCUCUAAUUUGACUGAUUUUAAAAUAAAUUAUAUAUUUUGCAUUGGGUUACAGAAUCUUUCCUGUUUCUUCCUAUCUUAAAUAAAUUCUGCUGCUAUAGAAACAGUUGGUGUGAGUUAUUGGAAAUGGGCUUUGAGUCUGAUUUCAGUGUUCUGAACAAUUUGGGGGGUCAUGGAGGUUUCUGGGGGAAAGUGUCCUUCCCAUUUUUUGGCUGAGGAUUUGCAGAAGGGAGAGAGAGCUGAGGCACAUCUCAGUCCUAGAGGGUCCCUGAAAGUUGAGUUGUCUAAUUUGGACUCCUGCUAGUCCACAAAUCAGUAGGUGGUGGAAGGUAUACCUUGGACUAAGGAGUAUUAAAAUUGAUGGGAGAACCACUGUAUAAUAAUAAUAAUAAUAAUAAUAAUAAUAAUAAUAAAUAAAUAAAUAAAUAAUAAUAAUUUUAUAUGUACCUUGCCCUCUCCGGCCGGAGCUCGGCUCAGGGCGGCUUACAUCAUAAAAACUAAUACAGUAUGCAAAGAACAUAAGAACAUAAAAACAGGCAAUCAAUUAAUUAAAAUACAUCUUAAAAUUAGUUCAGAACAAAUUAAAAUCUGGACAGAUGGCAGUCGAUGGGUAAAAUUGAGAAUGGUUAAUAUUCUCCAGGACCAAAUGUUACCACUGGUCUUAUAAAGGACCUGUGAGCGGGCUAGGAAGCGUCUUUAAUGCUUGUUCUUAUACAGAAAGGAAAGAAUCAGACUGAACCCUGACCAAAGGCCUGGAGGAACAGUUCUGUCUUGCAGGCCCUGCAGAAAGAUGUCAAAUCUGGCAGGGCCCUGGUCUCUUGUGAGAGAGAGUUCCACCAGGCUGGGGCUACGGCCAAAAAGGCCCUGGCUCUGGUCGAGGCCAGUCUAAUCUCCCUGGGAUCUUCAGAGUGUUAUUAUUUGCAGACCUUAAGGUCCUCCGUGGGGCAUACCAGGAGAGGCAGUUCUGUAGGUACGAGGGUCCUAGGCUGUAUAGUGAGGCAUCUGAUCAAGACUUGUAUUUUAAAAUGAGCUUAAAAAUAUAUAUUUGCAGAUGCUUGUGUGUUUCAUGCCAGACAUAAAGCAGCUGGCUGAGUACUCUGGCAGUUGUUUAUCUUCUUGAUCAAGGGCCCCCCUGAUCUAUAGCAGUACCUCAGGGUUGUAAAAGGAAAUUACAGGCUGGGAGCAAAAGGUCAUAUUGACCAUACAAAUUACAGAAUACAAUCAAGCUGCAAAAACACUAAUUAAGAGUUGGUAAAUAGUGAAAUUUAUUGUUUAACAGAAAAUACCAUGUGCCUCCCAUCAGACUCGAGCCACAUCUUCCUAAGGUUAAAGGGCAAGAGCUAAUAGAAACAGCAGCUGGCUUGAAAGGGGGGUGUAAAUUUAAGGGGUUGCUUUUGGAAACUGUUUUUACUAAGUUCCUUUUACUUUGAAAAGGCCUUUUCUUCUAAAAAUCUAUAUAUGUUAUGUAUGAAAUAUAUUGGCUUAAAUGUAAUUAUGCAAAGGAUUUAGAAAGUAAGAAAUGUUAGAUUCUUAUGUUAGAUUCUUAUUUCAUUGAUGGUGUGUGAGAAGGUGAACCCAAGAUCUCUGUUUAAGAUAAAAAUUAAAACCAUGAGCCAUCUGUUUUAGCCAUCUGUUUUGGAGUGAAAGGGCAAUAGGGCAAUAGGGCAAUAGGGCAAAGAUGAUCUGGUAAUUAAGGUGCCUGGUCGAGGCAAAUGUAAGAUAUAUGGCUACUUGUCUGCCAUUUAUGGAUAGAAGGAAAUAUAGCUCUUUGUCUCCCAUAAAAGGUAAUAGGAAAUGGGUGUAUCUUUUAUGAUUGGUUCUAGCAAACAGCCAAUAGGAAUUUCAACCAGGCUGAUUGGACAGAGGCAGCCAAAGGAGGAGCAAGGGGGCUGGGCUGAGGAAAUAUAAGUGCUGGCCAUCAGGGCUGGAGUGGGCAGAGCUUUGGUAACCAUAUACCACUGUGUCUCUCAUUUAUUUGUCUGACAAAUAAAUUAUUAUUUUAAUUUCUCUAUUGCUGAGUUGAAUAUUUCAUUCCAGCUAAGCGUUAACCACAAGCAGGGUGCUACAAUAGGGCUGUAAAGGUUAAAACCAGCACCUUAAAACUGAUCCUGUACUCCACCAGGAGCCAGUGCAGCUGGUGUAGCACCAGUUGAAUGUGCUCCCACAGCGAUGACCCCGUGAGGAGUCUUGCCGUGGCAUUCUUUAUUUCACAACAAGAAAGGUGAAAAGAGGAGUUGGAAAUCUUUAAAGAAUCAGUAAACUAUAUAUAUUGAAUUCAGUAGAUAUCACAAGCUUUUUAAUAAGAUGCUAAAAUCAUCAAUUUACAGCUUAGGUUUACUUCAGCUGCUUAAGCUUAUCACAGAGGAGUUAGAUCUUAGGUUUCAACAAUUUGUAGGUUACAAAACAGGCAAGUACUAACCUGCCUAAUAUCCUUCAUAUUCCCAACCUUUCGAAAUUUCACACCUGAGGCUCCUCUAUUAGACCCUGUCUGUCAGAGUAGAGGAUCAGCACACACUCCUAUUUUAACUGGUUUAGGAUUAUUCUUCUCUCACUAGAGAGAGAUAUCUCUUUCCUAUUGAGCUGGGAUGUAAGUAGAGCAUUCCCUCACAACUCCACUUCUCCUCACCCAAAAUCCAGCUUCCCAGUUCUUUCAUGUCUGUAUACCCUUGAAAGACAAUAACCAUGUAUUUCAGGCUAAUCGUCAGCCCAGAGACUGCCUUCUCUGAGUGUAAAUCUUCCCUCUGGGCUCAGAGUUUAUGCUGUUACCAAGCUGAAUGCCAGGAACCAAAACUUUCUCUCCCUUUUCCCGCUCAGAGUCAUGUCUUCACCUGCUUCUGGCUAGCUGUACCAAUCAGAGGGAAGCUCUAGCUCAGCAUAUUGAGAGCUUUAUCACUCUGGUGGAAUUCUGCCUGUAUUGUACCAUCAAACUUUGCUUUGCCUUGACCAUCCAUCGCAGUAGUGGUUUCCCGCCUUGAGGAAAGGUCAUCCACCUCCCCUUUUUUUCUUUAGGGGAAUGAAUCUGAGGAUGCAGCAUUCCCUGGGCUGUGCGUGAGAGGUGAUAUUGUGGCCACAUAG